AUGGAUGCACCGAUUCGAGAAAAAAUGCUUCGGUUUCAAAUGAGUGGUCCUGCUUCAGAACAGAAAUAUGUCAUUCGAUCAAAUAAACUUGGCCUUGAUUAUACUGCAUGGGUCCAAGAUGAUACUGGUACCAAUUCGAAAUGUUAUGUUAUGACUAUCCAUGAUAUUGGUUGUAGUCAUUCAGUUUUUACUGAAUUUGUUUCUCAACCUGAAAUGCGUGCUCUUAAACAACGAAUUGUUUGGGUACAUGUUGAUUUACCCGGUCAAGAAGAUGAUGCUACUCCUUUAACUAUCGAGAAAUAUCCAUCGUUAGAUGAUAUAGCUAGUGAAUUAAUAAAUAUUGUUGAUCACUUAAAUAUUCCACAAACAGUUAUAUUUGGUGAAGGUGCAGGAGCUAAUAUUGCUUCUCGUUUUGCUAUUGAAUAUCCAUCACGUGUACAUGGUCUCGUGCUUGUACAUCCAACUGGUACAACUGCUGGUUUUAUGGAAAUGAUGAAGGAUAAACUUAAUAACUGGAAAUUAAUCCAUAAAGGAAUGAAUCCUGAUGCUGAAGCUUAUCUUAUUUGGCAUCGAUUUGGACGUGUAUGUUAUUUAGGUUAUGGUGAUUCACAAUUACUUGAAGCAAAUAUUCGUGAAUUUUCGGAAAAACUUUACCAAAAACGAACAGCUAAAAAUUUGGCACUUUUUAUGGAUGCUUUUUUGAAUCGAACUAAUCUUGUUGAUAAAUUAGACAAAUUAACAGUUGAUUGUCUUGUAGCUGUUGGAAAGAAAAGUUCUGUAAUAAAUACAACUGAAAAAUUUUAUGAACGACUUCGUGAAGCACGUAAUAAUCCUCAAAAAAUGGUUAAUUCACCAUUACUUAUCGCUGAUAAUGUUGGUGAUGUUCUUGGUGAAGCACCUGAUGUUUUGGCUAAAUCAAUGCAAUUCUUUUUACAAGGCAUUGGUUUAUUAUCUGGUUUACCAAUGGAAGCAGGUUUAGUUGGUUUAGGACGUUUGUCUCGUGCAAUGUCUAUGGAAGAUGCUGAUCGUCCACGACGUAGUUCUGUACUUACAACAUCACCUGGCACAACUUCACCAGCAAUAGUCGGUUCACCGCCCAAAUUUCCUUCAUAA